UAACUCAACAGGGAGCACAUUCCAGAGUCUCUGACCAAGUCAACAGAGCAACAGAGAAAGGCUGUCCCCGAGUAGCCCAAGAUGAGCUGGUGGCAACUGCAGACGAACCUCUCCAGAUGAUCUCAGUGGGCAGUGGGGCUCGUGGCGAAGAUGUUCUCUUAAAUACCACGGGCCUAAGCUGUUUAGGGUUUUAUAUAGGUUAUAACCAGCACCUUGUAUUUUACUGGAAACUUAUUGGGAGCCAGUGUAGCUCUUUUAGUAUAGGAAUGUGAUAGUUGGCAGCAGCACCAUCUUUCAAAAGCGAUCAUCUUUUGAAGUCCAAGGAACCACCCUCCAGUUGGGAUUCCUGAGGGGCUUUAGAAUGGAGCAGAAGGUGACAGUUAAACUGUCUAACUGUUAGCUCAGUGACUGAGAAUAGUAGAUAGGGCUUGGAGGAGCCAGUGACAGGGAUGGCUAGGGAUAGGAUCUCUAGUGAAGAACCAGUGACAGAGUCUGUGUUGAAAAAAUAUGGAUUUCCUGUAGCUGGAGCAGAGACCAGAUGUUACACCAACCAUGCGCUAUCUUACGACCAGGCAAAACGGGUGCCUCGAUGGGUGAUUGAACAUAUUUCGAAAUACAAGACUACAGGCAACGCGGAAAGGAAAUAUUGUAAAUUUAGACCAGAUCCAAGCAUCCCUUCAGUGUUCAGUGCCAUGAAUGAAGACUACCUUGGGAAUGGCUGGUCGCGAGGCCAUAUGGCCCCAGCAGGAGAUAACAAGUAUUCACCAAAAGCCAUGGCAGAAACAUUUUAUCUGUCCAAUAUUGUGCCUCAGAACUAUGCAAAUAAUGCUGGAUUCUGGAACAGGAUGGAAAUGUAUUGCCGGGAACUGACUGAAAGAUUUGAAGAUGUCUGGAUUGUUUCAGGACCUCUGACAUUACCUCAGAUAGACAACGAUGGGAAGAAGAGAGUUACCUACCAGGUAAUUGGAAAAAGCGAUGUGGCUGUGCCUUCUCAUCUAUACAAAGUGAUCCUUGCCAGGCGAAGUGAAACAUCCACAGAUCCUUUGGUACUUGGGGCCUUUGUGGUGCCCAACAACCCUAUUGGCUUUGACCACCAGCUGCUGGAAUUCCAAGUUAGUAUUGAAGACCUGGAAACAAUGUCGGGCCUCAUUUUCUUCCCACAGGUGAAUAAAACCAAAGAUGUUAGAAACAUCUGUGAGGUGGACACCUGCAAGCUGAUGGGCUUUGAGGAGUUCACUUUGUACAUCACCACUCGGAAGCUACAAAGUGCUCAGACGCUGGAAAAGUUGGAAAAGAUCAUGUCAGAGUUACAGGGAAAAGGAAUUGAGCCUGAUGAAUAUCUCUUAAAGGUUUACAAAAAGAAGGAAGAAGAAUUAGCAACAAAAAAGUCAACAGUCGCUAGAGAAGGGAGAGCUGGUUAAGAUCUCAUUCUAAAAAUAAUGUGUGGAGUGUGUAUUUUCAGUGAGGAACUGCUAUACAGCAAUGCUCUUAUUGUUAAGAAUACAGAAUGCUUAGACAGACCUUCCCAGUGACUCUGCUUCUUUGGUAAAAAUGCAAUAAUUUGCUGUGAGAAAUGAAAGCAACCUCUGUGGCACAGGAUGGUGAUGGAGCUUAUGGUAACUGGUUUGGGCCCUUUUCUAAAUCAGUCACCAGAUACUGGGUUUAUUCAGAAUCCUUUCUGAGAAUACUACAAAUGUAAAAGAAAAGUCACCUUGGAAAUGCAAGUGGAACUUGUAUCGAUGUAACUUUCCUUUUCUAACAUGAUGCUUUAGGAGUGACAAUGGAAGCAAUUACUGGAGGACGGUGGUUUCUCCCUCACUGGAGACCUUCACGCAGGGGCUGGGCAGUUACCCGUUGGGGAUGGUCUGUCUAUAAAUUCCUUGCAUUGGGCAGGGUGUUGGGACUUGAUGGCCAACAGGGCCUCCAGCAACUGUAUAACUCUCUGAUACUGUUUUGGAACACAAGAAGUUGCAAGUCUGUCUGUCUGUCGCUCCCUCCCUCUGCUCAAAACAUGAUGCUGUGUUGUUUUUUAGAGAACAACUUCUCCGAUGCCUUUCUGUUAAUUUUCCAAUUUUCUCCUUGAGCACAACCACAAAUUACCUCAGUUAUCAGCAGUUUGUUACCCAAUAGCGUCUUGUGCUCUGAAACCACUGUAUUUUCCCCAUAUAAAUGUAACCUUAUGUAAAUAGCACUCCUGCAUAAAACUGACAUUCACAUUAUCUCAGGACUGCACCGCUUUGGCCCUUGUGCUGUUGUUGAACUACAACUCCCAUCAUCCCUAGCCACAAUGACCAUUAGUCUGGGAUGAUGAGAGUUGUAGUCCAACAACUGUUAGAGAGCUGACGUUUUGCAGCCCUGCACUUUCUGAAUAUUUUGAGUAUUCCACCUGGCUAGUUGUAUUCUUUUUAAAAAAUAAGUUUGUAUCCUUUUCUUCAUUGUAACACCUUCAGUGUCCCAAUUUGACAGUACUUUCAUUUUUGUUCAUAUUUGUUACUUUAAAACAUAUUCACUUGAAGGAGGGAUAUUAAAAUGUCAUUUGUACAUGAUGGCAUGUUGAGAAGCUGUAUGUUGUUUUAAUACACAUUUUCCCAAAAUGUU